CUCCCUGUAGCCGCCGGCGGCGGUGUUUCUGGCGGCGAUGGAGGGAUCGGCGUUGGUGGCUGCACCUCAGAAGGAAGAGGCGUCCUGCUCUAACUGGGGGACUGGCAGUACAAAUAAAAAUUUGCCAAUCAUGUCAACAGAAUCUGUGGAGAUUGAUGAUGCAUUAUACAGUCGACAGAGGUACGUUCUUGGAGACACAGCAAUGCAGAAGAUGGCCAAGUCCCAUGUAUUCUUGAGUGGUAUGGGCGGUCUUGGUUUGGAAAUUGCAAAAAAUCUUGUUCUUGCGGGGAUUAAGGCACUCACAAUUCACGAUACAGAAAGAUGCCAAGCAUGGGAUCUAGGAACUAACUUCUUCCUCUGUGAAGAUGAUGUUGUUAAUAUGAGAAAUAGGGCUGAAGCUGUACUUCAUCAUAUUGCAGAACUAAAUCCAUACGUUCAUGUCACAUCGUCUUCUGUUCCUCUCAAUGAAACCACAGAUCUCUCCUUCUUAGAUAAAUAUCAGUGUGUAGUAGUGACUGAGAUGAAACUUCCUUUGCAGAAGAAGAUCAAUGAGUUUUGCCAUUCUCAAAGUCCUCCAAUUAAGUUCAUUAGCGCAGAUGUACAUGGAAUUUGGUCACGGCUCUUUUGUGAUUUCGGUGAUGAAUUCGAAGUUUUAGACACAACAGGAGAAGAACCAAAAGAAAUUUUUAUUUCAAACAUAACGCAAGCUAAUCCUGGCAUUGUAACUUGCCUUGAAAACCAUCCUCACAAACUUCAGACAGGACAGUUGCUAACAUUUCGAGAAAUUAAUGGAAUGACAAGUUUAAAUGGAUCUACACAACAAAUAACUGUGUUAUCACCAUUUUCUUUUAGCAUUGGUGAUACUACACAACUGGAACCAUAUUUACAUGGAGGCAUAGCAGUCCAAGUUAAGACUCCUAAAACAUUUUGCUUUGAACCAUUGGAGAAACAGAUAAAACAUCCAAAGUGCCUUAUUCCGGAUUAUAGCAAACCUGAGGUCCCUUUACAGAUUCACACAGCUAUGCUUGCCUUGGACCAGUUUCAGGAGAACUACAGUCGCAAGCCAAAUAUUAGAUGCCGUCAAGAUUCAGAAGAGCUGUUGAAACUAGCAAUGAAUAUAAGUGAAACUUUGGAAGAGAAGCCUGAAGUAAAUGCUGAUAUUGUACAUUGGCUCUCUUGGACUGCUCGAGGUAUUUUACCCCCACUUGCUGCAGCAGUCGGAGGUGUUGCCAGCCAAGAAGUAUUAAAAGCUGUGACAGGAAAGUUUUCUCCUUUGUGCCAGUGGUUAUAUCUUGAAGCAGCAGAUGUUGUCGAAUUCCUAGGGAAACAUGAAUGUGAAGAGUUUCUCCCAAGAGGAGACAGAUAUGAUGCCUUACGAGCCUGCAUUGGAGACACUUUGUGUCAGAAGCUACAAAAUUUGAAUAUUUUCCUAGUAGGAUGUGGAGCCAUAGGCUGUGAAAUGUUAAAAAAUUUUGCUUUACUUGGUGUUGGUACAGGCAAAGAGAAGGGAAUGGUUACAGUUACAGACCCUGACUUGAUAGAAAAAUCCAACUUAAACAGACAGUUCCUUUUUCGUCCUCAUCACAUACAGAAACCUAAAAGCUAUACUGCUGCAGAUGCUACUCUGAAAAUCAAUCCACAAAUAAAGAUAGAUGCGCACUUGAAUAAAGUGUGUCCAGCCACUGAGACCAUUUACAAUGACGAGUUCUAUACUAAACAGGAUAUAAUUAUCACAGCAUUAGAUAACGUGGAAGCCAGGAGAUAUGUAGACAGCCGUUGCUUAGCCAAUCUAAGACCUCUCUUAGAUUCUGGAACAAUGGGUACUAAGGGACACACUGAAGUUAUUGUACCUCAUUUGACUGAGUCUUACAAUAGUCACCGGGAUCCCCCAGAAGAGGAAAUACCAUUUUGUACUCUAAAAUCUUUUCCAGCUGCUAUUGAACAUACUAUACAGUGGGCAAGAGAUAAGUUUGAAAGUUCCUUUUCCCAUAAGCCUUCAUUGUUUAAUAAAUUUUGGCAAACCUAUGAAUCUGCAGAAGAAGUCUUACAGAAGAUAAAAGAUGGACACAGUUUAGAAGGCUGUUUUCAAGUUAUUAAAUUACUUAGUAGAAGACCUAGAAAUUGGUCCCAAUGUGUAGAAUUGGCAAGAUUAAAGUUUGAAAAGUAUUUUAACCAUAAGGCUCUUCAACUUCUUCACUGUUUCCCUCUGGACACACGAUUAAAAGAUGGCAGUUUGUUUUGGCAAUCGCCAAAGAGACCACCCUCUCCUAUAAAAUUUGAUUUAAAAGAACCUUUGCACCUCAGUUUCCUUCAGAAUGCUGCGAAACUAUAUGCUACAGUAUAUUGCAUUCCAUUUACAGAAGAGGACUUAUCAGCAGAUGCCCUCUUGAAUAUUCUUUCAGAAGUAAAGAUUCAGGAAUUCAAACCUUCCAAUAAGGUUGUUCAAACAGAUGAAACUGCAAGGAAACCAGACCACGUUCCAAUUAGCAGUGAAGAUGAGAGGAAUGCUAUUUUCCAGCUUGAAAAGGCAAUUUCAUCAAAUGAGGCUACCAAAAGUGACCUUCAGAUGGCAGUGCUUUCAUUUGAAAAAGAUGAUGAUCAUAAUGGACACAUAGAUUUUAUCACAGCUGCAUCGAAUCUUCGUGCCAAAAUGUAUAGCAUUGAGCCAGCUGACCGUUUUAAAACAAAGCGCAUAGCUGGUAAAAUUAUACCUGCUAUAGCAACAUCCACUGCUGCAGUUUCUGGCUUGGUUGCCUUGGAGAUGAUCAAAGUAACUGGUGGCUAUCCAUUUGAAGCUUACAAAAAUUGUUUUCUUAACUUAGCCAUUCCAAUUAUAGUGUUUACAGAGACAUCUGAAGUAAGAAAAACUGAAAUUAGAAAUGGAAUAUCAUUUACAAUUUGGGACAGAUGGACUAUACAUGGAAAAGAAGAUUUCACCCUCUUGGAUUUCAUAAAUGCAGUCAAAGAAACAUAUGGAAUUGAGCCAACAAUGGUGGUACAGGGAGUCAAAAUGCUUUAUGUUCCUGUAAUGCCUGGUCAUGCAAAAAGACUAAAGUUAACAAUGCAUAAACUUGUGAAACCUUCUACUGAAAAGAAAUAUGUGGAUCUUACUGUGUCAUUUGCCCCAGACACUGAUGGAGAAGAGGAUUUGCCUGGGCCUCCAGUAAGAUACUUCUUCAGUCAUGACACUGAUGAAUAGAAGUUGUCUUAAAGUUCCUCCAGGACUACUUGAGU